AAUGAUGUUAAAAAUAACUUUCGGAAUGCACGCUCACCAACAAAACAUCAUCCUUGUGGAAACAAGUUAGGUCCUGGAAAAGUUUUAAUAACAUAUACUACUAAUCAAGUCGUAAACGUUCAAUGGGAAAUUACAGAACCUUUGGGAG